AAAUUGGCUUCUCGAUGAUACGAUUCAAUUCUGAAGGAACGUAUCCAUAAAUAUUGCUUCAGAUUUUUGGCCGGAGUUCUUGGAAGCCACCGGCGAUUCCUCCGAGUCAGGCCAUCUUUCUUUCUUUAAUUCCAUCGGGCCAUCAAAAUGGCUCCAAUGGAGUUCCUUGGAAUGGACUUUAGCUGUGUUUUUGGAUCAUUAAGCAACGGCAAGUUCCCUGAAAAGGACUGUAUGCUUCCUCUGAUUUCUAAGCUCCUAGGUUACGCCAUAGUCGCCGCCUCCACUACCGUUAAACUACCUCAGAUAAUGAAAAUCAUUCAACAUAAGAGUGUCAGAGGUCUUAGCGUUGUGGCCUUUGAAAUGGAAGUGGUUGGUUAUACCAUAGCUUUGGCAUACUGUCUUCACAACGGCCUUCCAUUUUCAGCUUAUGGGGAGUUGGCCUUUCUUUUGCUCCAAGCUAUAAUCUUGGUCGCAACCAUCUAUUAUUUCUCUCAGCCUGUGGGUAACUCGACAUGGAUCCGUGCAUUGCUAUAUUGUGGUCUAGCACCAACAAUCUUAGCUGGGAAAAUUCAUCCCCUUCUUUUUGAAGCACUAUAUGCAUCCCAGCAUGCUAUCUUUUUCUUUGCCAGGGUCCCUCAGAUUUGGAAAAACGUUAAGAACAAAAGCACAGGGGAGCUUAGCUUCAUAACUUCAUUUAUGAAUUUUCUUGGCUCUAUAGUAAGAGUUUUUACCAGCCUUCAAGAAAAAGCUCCAACAAGUGUUGUUAUGGGGUCUGUUCUUGGGAUAUUGACAAAUGGUGCGAUCUUAAGCCAAAUCAUCUUAUACAAGAAGCCAGAAGAGAUGACAACAAAGAAAGGGAAGAAAGCAGAAUAGUUUGACCAACUUCAAAUGCUGCAAACAUUUAGCUGUUGCAUUGUGCAUCAGGUUUGAUACGGCUUUUUGUUUCUAGUAUUUCAACAACUGUUUAUUAUUUUCUUCUCCAGACAACAAAGUUUCAGUGAAAUUCUACAAAUAGUUAUUAUCAUAUCGGUUGGGUGCAGAAUAUGACACACACACACUCACACAUAUAUAUAUGUGUAUAUAUUGCUGUCAAUGAUUCACCAAAGGGUCAUUGGCCCAGCAGUACUAGGGAGUACAGCCUCCCAGGAGGUCAAGGGUUCAUACCUCACCAAAAGUGAGGAAUGUGUGUGAGUAUUUGCUGUAUAGAAAUAUUAUGUAAUUAAAGAAAUGGUUUAUUUAUUGC